AUAGUUUACGAUGACCAUGCAAACAGCCUUUUGUCAAAAGACAGUCUUAAAACACUCCCAACUUUAUAUUAAUAGCAUUUAUUCUAACUUGUUUUGAGAAGUUGGAAAGAAGUGAACGCAACUUAUAACUUUUGACUUAGCGGUGAGUUUAUUUGCAGAAAUGGCGAACCGCCCGCAAGGCUCCCGGCUGGGUUUGCUUCUGCUGGCCAGCCUGAUCUACCGGGUCGGAGUGGACAACAUCCCGCCUGUCUGCCUGGCAGUUUUAGGACUCAACGUCUUCCUUUUCCUUUCGCCUGUCGCCCCGCUGAUGCAGACCUGCGUGAGCGUCCAGCAGGCGUACUGGUACGGCGACUGGAACCGCCUGCUGCUCUCUCCGGUGCACCACGCUGACGACCUGCACCUGUACUUCAACAUGGCCUCCUUCAUCGUGAAAGGAUUUGCGCUGGAGCGGCGUCUGGGCGGACCGUGGUUCCUCUACCUGCUGGCCGUCUUCUCCCUGCUCACCGGGUGUGUUUACCUGCUGCUGGAGGCCGUCCUGACUGAGUUGACUGAUGACCCCACCUACAACCUGCAGUGUGCCGUGGGCUUCUCUGGUGUCCUGUUUGCCCUGAAGGUGGUGAAUAACCACUACCACCCCGGCGGCGUGACCCGCCUCAUGGGUUUACACGUCCCCAACCGCUACGCCAGCUGGGUGGAGCUGGUGCUGAUCCACAUCAUGACGCCAGGAACCUCCUUCGUUGGUCACCUGGCCGGCAUCAUCGUGGGUCUGCUGUACACCUCCGGACCACUGCUGACCAUCAUGAAGACCUGUGCCAAUUUGGUGACCUUCGGCGGUUUUCCCUCGGGACCGGGACGACACUUCAGCUCCUCAGGUCAGGGCGGCUUCCACGGACCCGACCCUGACACCGGCACCCGCACUCACCCUGACAACCUUGAGGAGGAGCAGCUGCAGGCGGCGAUCAGGAACAGCCUGAUGGAUCAAGGAGGUCCUGGCCACAGAGAACCUCCUUCUUAUGGUUUCCAUUUGCCUGAAGAGCGGGCGGUGCCCAAGGAGCCCCGGUGGAGGAGAUUCAUGAGGUCUGAACGCUGACCCUGGAGAACUGGAACCCAGCUGGGUGGGUGAGGACGGGUGAGGAGGGAGAUGUGCCACUGGAAGAUCUGGUCCUUCCAACCGAGCGCUCUCCUUCAGCGAGACGUUUGUAGAGAACUGGAGACACUCCUGAUCACAUGACCUCGGAGUUGGUUUCAGAUGUGUCAAAUUGUAUUUUAUUUUUUAAAUAAAUGUGCUCAGACUUCCUGUCACACA